UGUUAUUGGACAGCGCCACGUUCCUGGUCUAUCAUUCACUACAUGUACCUUUGCUCACUACAGAACGUGCGAAGUGAGAACCAACGAGAUGCACUCCAUAGGUUGGCGCUGCGACAAUGACGUCCACUCCAGUAAGAGGCGCAGACUAAGCCGAGCUGAGCAAAAGGAGAUGUUGGAAAAGGAAAUCCGAAUGCUGGAAUCUGGAGUAGCAGUAUGCAAGACUCGAGGCCUGCCUCCUCACCUUAUUGUGGAGAAAGACCCGAUUCUGCGACCGAUCGCAGUGAAGCUUGCUGCGCUCAUGUACGCAAAGCAUCUACAGCAGAACCACAUCGCUAAGAUCCAGUCAACUCUAUCACGAUGUCUGAUGGACCAGCCUUACUAUCCCCUCUACACUCGUAUCUGCCUCACCAAGGAUUGGAACGAACGUCGCAACACUCUCCUAGCGAUGCGGGAGUCCAAGUUACACAACGGGUACGACUUUGUCAUGUCGUCUUGGCACCGUGUUGAGUCCUCCACUUCUCAUUUCUCGGAAAAUCGCUUCGAGAACGACCAAGGUGAUCUCUGCUGUGUCCGUUUUGAUACAAUUCACUUUCCUGGUGUCAAUUCGCUCCAGCAAGUUUACGACGCAUUGGCGUUUUUCAUGAUUAACAUGGAAAUCGUCAUCUCCGAGCAACUCGGUCAUGUCGUGCUUCGAGACGACUACGACACCAUUGAGGACGAAGCUUUCCACAGUCGAUUUGUGUCUACCAACCGCCGGGGAAUCGCAGUGGAAGGCAACGCUAUCUCGUUUCGACACAUGUUUAACGGAGAGAGCGAUGGUUUUGGCUGUGAACCUAGCGGGGUUUUCAUAGUGGAUUGUAUUGAUGAGGACGAGCUGUAUCCGUAUCACAGUAAAGAGCGCGUUCGAAGAGAUUCAUCAGGUGCCAUUGUGUUGACUGCAAGCAAAAAGAGUGAUUCAAGCCAAGACGAAGAAGAGCUGGUAGUCACGAUGCGACGUGCCAUCUUUCUAAAGAUCCGUCGACCAGAGUUCCCACUCUCUGACGUGGCAUUACAAGAACUGCACGAUGAAAUGAUGAGCUGGGCUGAAGUGAUGCUCAAGAGCAUUCGAAGUUUCGUAUACGCGACGACGUAAGAGCAAUUAAUCCCUUGUCUGUAAUGGCAGAGGUCCCAGAAGCCGCACAACUCCAGAGGAUUUAACCUCAUCAGGUUCCAAAGCGCACGAGUAACCCAGCAGUUGGAUGCCACUUUUAGCUGCUACUGCGCAUAGCUCCGCAAACUUCUUGUCAUGCUGGAUAGAAGGCGCAAAUGUGUUGCAAUCGUCACGCUGCACCAGGAAGAUGAUAGCUCCACUCACUUUGGCUGCCUCCUCCUCAGUCUUGGCUGUAGUCUUCGUGGACAAUAACUCUGUCAGCUCCGUGACGUGCUUCUGAGCUCGAGUGGACACUGUAUCGGGGAAUACAGCGCAACGAGACGUGUCGCCAGGUAGAGCGAGAGUGACGCUCUUCACCUCGACGUAUUUCUCGUGAGCGAUAGUGCCGUCCGCGUGACUAGUAGUCAACACAAAGUCCACACGACUGUUCUUAGCGAACUUGACCUCGCGUCGCACCGAGUCGUAGUCUCCAAGCUCGGUGAACCACCUUGAAGCCAGCGCCUGCUCUACCAUCCGGUUAGCUGACGUCGAAUGCACACCAACCCACACGUUCUUCUCUCCAUUCUAUAAAACCCAGUUGAGAAAUAUCAGUUCAGCAAUAAAACCGAGUUAUUGCAGCGUUA